AUGCAAUCAAAAAACGGCAAGGAUUCCCCUGCCAUGAAGUCAUCGACAACGGCUUCAGAAGUGCCCUACAGCAUAUUCGACAAAAGACAAAAAUGGCUCAUUAUCGCUCUCGUGUCCACUGCGGCAACUUUCUCCGGUUUCGCAUCCAACAUCUACUUUCCAGCUUUACCGACUAUCGCGGGUGAUAUGAACGUUUCCACCGAGAAAAUCAACCUUACUGUCACCUCGUAUCUAAUAUUCCAAGGGAUUGCCCCAAAUCUAUGGGGACCUGUCUCAGACGUCAAGGGGCGCCGCAUUGCGUAUACUGGCACAUUUAUCAUCUUCCUCGGCGCCUGUAUCGGCCUGGCAGAGGCAAAAAAUUAUGCCACGUUAAUUGUGCUACGCUGUCUACAAAGUGCAGGUAGUGCAAGUACAAUUGCCAUCGGAUCAGGUGUUAUUGGUGAUAUUACGACUCGUGCAGAGCGGGGAGGGUUUAUGGGUAUCUUCCAAGCGGGGUUGCUGGUCCCGGUCGCCGCAGGGCCAGUGAUUGGAGGUGCAUUGGCAGGGACUCUGGGAUGGAGAGCGAUCUUUUGGCUCUUGGUGAUAUACAGUGGUGUUUUUUUAAUAGCGCUGCUAUUGCUACUCCCGGAGACUUUGCGGUCGAGGGUUGGGAAUGGGAGCAAGGUUCCUUCUAAUUGGAUCGCUGAAUAUCCGUUGAAUCUUUACGUCAAGACAACAAGAAUAGAGUGGAACGGGGAUACCACGUUGCCUGGAAAGAAGAGCAUUGUCAUUACUGGCCCCUUUCGCAUCCUGAUUCGCAGACACGCCGCCCCUAUCAUUACAUUCCUUGCUGUCUAUUAUGCGGUGUGGCAGAUGAGCAUCACUGCCAUGUCGUCGUUGUUCAAAGAGAAAUACGGCUUGAGCGAGACUCAGAUUGGCCUGACUUUUAUCGCCAACGGUGUUGGAUCGAUGGUUGGGACGUUGAUUACCGGCAAAAUACUCGACCUGGAUUAUCGCAGAAUCAAAGCCGAAUUCGAAGCCCGGUCUGCUGUAAAUGUCGAAGCAAGCUUGGAAUACAAUGCAGAUGAGGAUUUUCCACUUGAGAAAGCACGUCUCCGACUUGUACCCGUCUUUGCUGUGAUACAGAGCCUUUCUUUGAUCCUGUUUGGCUGGACCAUCCAGUACUCCGUUCACAUUGCGGUCCCAAUCAUCUCCACCUUUGUCACUGGGUGGACGGUCGUGUCUAUGCAGUCUGUUAUCAUGACUUAUCUUGUGGAUAUCUAUCACGAGAGAAGCGCGGCGGCUAGUGCAAGUAUCAAUCUUGCUCGGUGCUUGUUCGCUGCCGGUGGGACUAGUUUUGUUAUGCCACUCAUCGAUGAUGUGGGAAUUGGAGUUACCUUCACGAUUUGUGCGGCCAUUCAAUUGAUAGCGCUGAGUGGUCCGCUUGUGCAGUGGAGAUUUGCUGCGGGAUGGAGGAAGGCAGAGCUUGUAAAACAAAAUGAUGUUUCAAACCUUGUAAGGAUUGAGGGGAAUGGCAAGAGCCAACAAUUGUAA